AUGGACCUGUUGCAAACCUGGACAUACCACCUCCUAGGCUACUACACGCCCGCCUACCUAAAACCCCUCUACACCCUGCGCGACACGCUCUCCAGCACCCUCUCGCCCCUCCUAACCCGCGUAACCACAAACCCGGACCUGACCUCCAUCCUGCUGCUGCUGGCGCUGCUCUUCCUGGGCAUCAAGAUCCUGGACACGGCGGCGCGGGCACUGCUCUUCUGGGUGCGGCUGGCGGUAAGGCUGGCGUUUUGGGGUGCGCUGGCGGUAGCGGGGUUGUGGGUCUGGACGAGGGGGGUGGAGGGCGCGGUGGAAGAUUUGGAGAGACUGGGACAGGUGUGGAUGGGGGAGUACCAGAGGUUCAAGGAGGCGGGGAGGGAGGGGCCGCCGGGGAGGGGGUGGGAUCAGAGGAGGGAGGGAGGGUUUCAGAAGGGGAAGGGGAGGGCGGGUUGGCGGUAG